AUGUCAGCGACAGUUGCACUGGGGAAAGAACGAGUGAUGGCAUUGGAAAAAUGGAUACCUCGUGCGAUGCUGUCACCGACGAUCAAGGUGGUGGGUGGAAACAGCGGCGGGGGUUGCAUGGCUUCUGUGACCGAAGCAGGGCUGGUGACCGGGCUGCGAGGACUCGGCGGUGCGAUGGACGCCUAUUAUUAUUAUUUUUAUUAA